GUCAGACUGUGACCUCAUAAACAUUCAUAAUAUUCGAGUCUUCAGUCAAAAAUAGCAAUGAAGUUUGAAAGCUUUUAUAUACUUCUGUGCUUUGUUACACCAGCAGUUUCUUUUAAAUUCACAAAAUGGCCGAAUAAUCCACUGGUUGUGUAUUACGAUAAAAACAAAACGAAUGUCGAACUACGAUGGGAGUGGAACCUGGAAGGAGGAAUAUUUAAUUUUUUAAAAAUCGAGAGAUAUAGAAAGGACAACCCCUUGGGCACAAAGACGCAAAUCGCUAAGUACUAUUCGAGUGGGACUACCAACGUAGAAGAAACCAAAUACAGCAUCAGCGUUCAAAACAGGGCGAUUGGAUCUGUAGUUUUUACUAUCAAAGACAUCACCAAUCAAGGCAUAAAUGAAGGCAAGGAGAAUGGCGAGAAGAGUCGUGUAGACGUCAUGGAAGCGAAUAAAGAGUAUAUAUAUUCGAUCGAGGUGGACGAACAAACAUCAGGCAAAGCGUUUAUAAACAGCGUCGCACUAAAAGUGCUCAGUAAGUAUUUUAAACGAAAGCUACUGGUAGGUAACAUAUAUAAUGAAUUCGAAGGAAACAUUUUAAAACACCAAUUAGGCUUUAAAUAAUGGUAUCAUUUAUAUAAAGCGAAUAUUUUUAUCACGUUCGAUUCUACUGUUUCUCAUUAAAGAAACUUAGAAACUUUUUUUCGCCACAUAUCAAGCUUUACUCUAUGUGUUAGUGCACAGGCGGCUCAAGCUCUUGUCCUGUGGUGUUGUAUUACAGCAAGCUGGUCAUUUGAACGUUGCUUAUUAUAAAAUGCUUGCUUCUGCACUACGAACGUAAACAGAAGCCAUCGGCUAAUUUUUCGAUAACAGGGAAAGUUUAUAUUCAAUUUUGCAAACAUGAUCCUCGUGAAUUUUGUUUGCCGAAACUGGACGCUGUCUACCCCGGUUAGGAAAUGAAACAGGUAACCGUCAUACAAUUCGGGCGCAGAGCCUAAGUGGAAAGUCUGAAUUGGUUACAAAGAUCGGUCACAAAGACUGCACAACAGGUGCGCUAGGGUAAUCAUGUGUU